CCCUGAGGAACUUAUUCUACCACCCUCUCAGGGCGGAUAUAAGUGAGCGGUGCAGAGAGUGGGUUGCAGUUCGUGGUCUUGGUCUGCUGGCCGUCCCUGCAGCGCAGCCAUGGCGAGCUCCAAGAAGCCCUCCCUCUUCGUCUCCCUUCUCCUCCUCUCGCUCGUUGUUUCAGCUGUCCAUGGAGCUCAGCCUGCAGAUGCCGGGGACACAGCAGGUGGCGGCGAGCGGGUGACGGUGAGGAGCUCAGGCCAUGGGCACGGGUACAGCAGCAGCCACAGCGGCGGGCACACGAGCGGCGGCACGCCGAAGCAGGGCGGCGCGGGGUCCGUCGACCCCCGGAACCUCAACGCCAGGAGCCACCACCGCAGCGGCGCGGCGAGCAGGGCCGGCCUUGGGUGCUCUUCUCUGUCGGUGGCUUGGGGGCUUGUCGGAGCGACCCUUGCCGUGGUUGUUCUUCCAUGAAAGGUUGAACAAAUGCUGCGCAAAACCACAGUGUAUAAUGUAUGCUGCUAGUUUUGGCACAUUGAGGUUGAGUGAAGUUUCACGUUUUUGCCUUUUUCAUGUACAAAAGCUUGAUGAGGGCUUGUUUUGUGAUAUGGUGUGGUAAUUUUUAGGUUGCCAUAUCAUUGUAAGGAUUUAGAUUUGGUUGCCAUGGUGUACCUAGACGGCUAGACCCCCUACUUUGUAAAACAAUGCUAUUAUUUUCCGUGUAUUUUGUGAAAAAGUAUAUUUGGUAGUA